CAAUGUAAGCUAUGGCUGCUAGCGUUGGAAAGCUUGAGGCAGAAACUGAGGUAAAGUCCAAUGCAGACAAGUUUUGGGGUGCUAUUAGGGAUUUUGUAACCAUAUUCCCUAAGGCCUCACCAACUGAUUACAAAAGCAUUCAAAUUCUUGAGGGUGAUGGCAAGGUUGUUGGCUCUGUCUAUAGAACAAUUUCAGGAGAUCAAGGAAAUGAAGCUGUGAAGACGGUGACAGAGAAGAUUGAAAGUGUUGAUGAUGAAAAGAGGACGAUAAUUUAUAGUGUGAUUGAUGGGGAUCUUCUCAAGUACUAUAAGCGUUACAAGGGAUAUGUGAAUGUAACACCAAAGGGAGAUGAUAAUGGAAGCUUGGUGAAAUGGUGCUGUGAGUAUGAAAAGGCUAGUCAAGACGUUCCUGAACCUAAUUUCAUGGGAGAAGCUGCAAUCAACACCUUCCUAAAAGUUGAUCACUACAUUCUAAACGCAUAAUCCUUUGAAGGCCUUCUAGUUCUAUGCAUUAUAGUAAUUGGGUUAUACAUUAAUGAUGAAUGAUUAAUGAAAUAAAAUAGAAAAGAGUUUGAAAUAUAAACAAUGGAUUCUAAAAGGUACAUGGAGCUCCAAGCAAGAGAUUUGAAUAAUUUCUUCUCUGUGAAUUAUUCAUAUUGAAAAAAAUUGAAAAAAAGUUAGAGGAGUAAAAAGCGUUUAUAGUAAAGAGUAGAAGCUCUCAUAAUUUUUUUUUUUUUUUAGUGAAGACUUGCUUGUUUAUUAAAAAUUAAAAAAUGUAUGAGGGA